AUGGAUGUUCUCUAUUCAUUAAUAGGAGUUGAAGGACUUGACCUUCUAGCACAAAAUGAAAUUUUUACAAAUACUCUCAAUUUUGCUUUGACCAAUAAUGAUGAUAAUUAUUCAAUUGAUGAACCAAUGCUAAACCGAUUUUGUAACGAUAUAUUACCUCGAAUUCAAUACACUGUUAGAUGUCUUGUUUUGGAAACAAUAACAACUAUGGAUCGUAUUUUACGUGCUGGUGUUUAUCCAAAUCUUACUCAACUCAAAAUAUUCAAAUUUCAAGCAAAUGUUUUUUCACAUUUUUGUACAGAUGAAUUACUUUUCCGACACAACUUCAAAAAACAAAUUACAGAUCUUACACUAGUCAAUAAUUCCCAUCAUGAAAUAGGAACUAUAGAUCAGAUGACAAAUGUAUAUAUAAAAUUGCUUGAUUUCUUUGAAAAUCUUAACUAUUUGAAUUGUAUUGGAACAUUUAUUCAUGGAAAUCCAAUUUUAUCAUUUAUUAAUUUACCAUCAACUACUUUUAUUUCUUCAAAUCUAACUAAAUUAUGUAUUACAGUGGAUCAUUUUGGAGAUUGUCUUUGUUUACUUGAUGGUCGUCUCAAUCAAUUAUCUACAUUUAUUAUUAUUAUCGUUAAUGUCAAAGAUAAUUCAUCGAUGGAAUUCAACUCAGUAAGUUAG